AUGGAUGCUCCUGCACUACAUCUCAGAAAAGUACUGGAGAUUCUACAGAAAGAACAACUUUAUGGAAAGAUGUCUAAAUGUGCUUUUGGACAGGAUAAGGUGGAAUACUUGGGACAUAUUAUUUCAGGUGAAGGGGUUUCUACUGACCAUGCUAAAAUUGAAGCAAUGGUAAAUUGGCCUGUACCUAGAUCUGUGAAGGCCUUAAGGGGAUUCCUUGGGCUGACUGGCUACUAUAGGAGAUUUGUUAAAUCUUAUGGAAUUAUUAGCAAACCAUUAACUAAUCUGCUUAAGAAGAAUGCCUUUCAGUGGAAUGAAGAAGCUGAAUCAGCUUUCAGCAAUUAA